CUGGUUCAGCUUUACAUAGAGAGAGGUUUACCUAUGGAUUCUGGAGUGUCUCCCUCUUUGAUAGCAACUAGACCUUGGUCCCAACAAGUCGCGGGUGAAGUCCACGACAUAUCAGAGUUCAUAAUUUAAUCGCGAUCAUUUCUUACUCAUUUGACAUUUACCUACUCUACAUUGGUAUACACAUUAUUCACACAAUACUUUAAUCUUAGCUCUGCCAAAGAAUUACAACGGAUGCAACCCCGUGGAAGAACUUGUAAUUCUAGAAGUAGAAGCUUCAGUCGGGCGAGACUAGCGAUACAUUCAGUUUGAUAAUUACAGUACACACAUUUACGAACCUUACACGACCGCCAAAUCGGGGACCAAGAAUCAUGGAUUAUAAAAAUCAAGGUCUUCUCCAUGACAUGUUUGUCCGCCAAGCUCUGGCCACUCCUGACAAUGUAGCAGUUGUGGCAGAUGGCGGGACUUCUAUGACGUUUGGAGAGUUGAAUGAAGCUACGGACGUUGUGUCGACUCAUUUGCGACAUAUAGGUGUCGCCCCAAAUACAUGUGUGGGAAUUUAUAUGUCUCGACGUAUUGAAUAUGUCAUUUCGUACAUUGCAAUCCUCAAAGCUGGUGGUGGCUAUAUGCCGAUGGACCCAUCGUAUCCCAAGCACCUAGUGGAUGAGAUAGUGAAGGACUCUACUCCUGUAGCUGUAAUAGCUGAACAACAACUAUCACAGAACAUUGAUGACUCUAGAACCAAAGUUAUUGUAAUAUCUCCUGGAUGGAUUGAUGAACUGAAGAAGACGAAUGCUUCUAAUGAGCCAUUGACCACAUCUCCUGGCACAACAUUGGAUGACCUCGCCUAUAUUGUUUAUUCCAGUGGAACAACAGGGAAGCCAAAAGGCAUCCAAUGUCCUCAUCGUGGAGCUGUGUUCUCCUACCACUACAGACACACGCAAUUCCCUUAUGGUGACCAUGAGAGAGAAGCAUGCAAUGUCUUCUUCGUCUGGGAAAUGCUGAGACCACUGCUGAAAGGUGUGGCCAUGUACAUUAUCCCAGACACAAAAAUAUAUGACCCUAAACUGCUUUGCGAAUUCCUAAUGACGAAUGAAAUAACGCGGAUUCUGUUCACGCCCUCACUUCUGGAAGCUGUGUUGGAAUAUGACGGAAUCAUCAUUUCGGACUAUCUCAAGUCAAUGAGAACUAUAAUAUUCUGCGGGGAGGUGGUGACAGUUGCCUUGUUGGAGAGAUGUCUCAAAUUGCUUCCAUGGGUUCGGUUCUUAAACCUCUAUAGCAUCAGUGAAUCACAUGACGUCACAUACGCUGAUCUUUCUAACUGGUAUAAAAGUGACGUUGACCAUGCUAAAUCUAAAAAGUUCUGUCCAGUUGGGAAGCUGAUACCGGAAGUGAAGAUGGUGAUUCUAAACGAAGCAUUGGAGCCAGAGCCGCUUGGAGUAUCUGGAGAGAUCUACAUCGGGGGACCAACGCUUGCAAUUGGUUACUUGAACCGUCCCCAGCUAAAUGAGCAGAGGUUCAUAAAACGGCCUAUAGGUGUCUCUCCUAAGGUUGGUGAAAGGCUGUACAAAGCUGGCGAUUGCGGUUAUCUUCUAUCGGAUGGAAGCUUUGAAAUAUGCGGCAGGUUGGAUUCCAUGGUGAAGAUAAGAGGCUAUUCUAUUGAAACACAGGCAGUAGAAGCGGCAAUUCUUGAGCUGCCCAUGGUGAACACUGGUGUGGUACUUGCACGAGGGGCCGAAGGAGAGGAUAAAUAUUUGGUAGCUUACGUUGUGCCAGAGGGACAGACGACAAAGAAAGAGAUCAGAGCAGCACUGAAGCUGAGACUGCCGUUUUACAUGAUUCCAUCUUAUAUAAUAUUCCUCACAAGUUUGCCCGUAUUGGCAGCUUCUGGAAAACUGGACAAGAAAGCGCUUCCUCCCCUCGAUGCGUCCAGUAACAGUCCAAUGGAAACAGAAGGACUCCCAAAGACUGAAACAGAGAAGGAGCUGGUCCCGAUCUGGUGUGAUGUUCUCGGACUUAUCUCGAUAGACACACAGGAAAGCUUCUUUGACCUCGGAGGACACUCCCUAACUGCAACUAGGCUGCUCAACAAACUGCUGGAGAAAUUCAACUUGGAAUUAUCAGUUUCUGAUCUCUUCAACUAUUCAACCAUAUCUGCCAUGGGAAGACUCAUUGAUAGUAAACGUGGUAAAGCAACUAGUGACGAAGUGAAUAUUGCGCGGGAUGACGUUGAUCUCCUGAAAGAGGUUGAUAGACACGACCAAGCUGUAGUGAACAUGGAUAUACAACUACGUGCGUUUUGGAGAUCCAUCAAGUAUGGCGAUAGGUGGAACACGGGACGGGUUCUCCUCACUGGUUCCACCGGCUUUCUUGGCGCUUUUAUUCUUCGUGAUUUACUACUUCGUUCAAAAACGCAGAUCUUUUGUUUGGUACGUGAGCAACCCAAUGUUGACGGCCAUGAUCGAGUUAAACAAACUUUGGAACAGUUUGGCAUUCUCAAUGGAGACAACCUGAAAACAACAGAAGAUCAAGCACUCCUCCAAAAACAAUUUGAUUCUCGAGUUCAAGUUAUAAACGGAGAUGUAGCUCUUGUUAACCUUGGUGUCAAAGAUGAUAUGUACGCAUACCUUACGACUGAGAUUGAUUUCAUAGUACACGCCGCAGCAUACGUCAACCUAAUCUACCCAUACGAGGCACUUCAUGGUCCAAAUGUUUUAGGAACACAGAAUGUUCUUCUUUUUGCGUGUACCAGUAAAAUAAAACCUCUCCAUUACAUCAGUACGGAUGCAGUUUUCCCGAAUGGCUUACUGAAUUGUAAAGAGGACGAUGAUAUGCGACGUUAUGCUACGAAACUUACUGAUGGCUAUUCCCAAUCAAAAUGGGUAGCCGAACAAUUAGUACAAAGGGCGAUCGAUAGAGGUCUUCCUGCUGCAAUUUAUAGAUUGGGAAACCUGUCUGGUGACAGCGUCUCGGCAUGCUGGAAUCCCCAGGACUUCACAUUACUUAUGAUCCGAGCAUGUCUACAAACUGGAAGUGCACCCAUCGUAGAUUGGAAUGUUGAGAUGACCCCAGUCGACUUCGUGUCCACCUGUAUUACAAAAUUCACACAGAAUAUCAUGGCAGCGAUGGGGAAAAUAUUUCAUAUUGUCAAUACAAAGCCUUUAAAUUCUAGCUGGUUGUUUGAAUGGUUAAGUGCACACAAUUAUACAAUCAAACUCCUACCUUACUCCGACUGGACAAAAUGUGUGCAGAACGAUGAUAAAGUGGACAAUGAAUUUAAAAGACUUCUGUGCGGCAUGAUGAACGACGAAUCUUAUCUGUCCGAGUUGAGCACAUAUGACAACACCAACUUUGCUACAGCAGUACAAGGAUUUGGUUUGGAAUACCCACAAAUCUCUCGGAGUUUGAUUGAAACGUACAUAACAUCCUUGGCACAGAAAGGAGUGAUUCCAAAACCUACGAAAAACAUUUUUAAAGGUAGGCUCGCAUACCUUACUACCAUGGGCUUUCAAGAAGCCCAUACUAAUCAGUUCUCGUCGUAA